AGAAGUGUCACUGGCCCUGAUUGGGACCCCGUACGUAGCCGGUUCUCUCCCCGCUAGCGGCCUGCCCCCGCUGCUUGGCGGGCUAGGACAGGGGAAAUGUUGCAGGAGGAGUCGGAUCUCGCUCUCAUUAUUGCCCAGAUAGUCCAAAAGCUCAAGGGCUCCAAUUUGUACGCUCAGUUGGAACGGCAGGCCUGGGCCAGUCUUCAGAGACCUGAGAUUAAACUUGAAUCACUAAAAGAAGAUAUUAAGGAAUUCUUUAAAAUAUCAGGUUGGGAGAAGAAACUUCAGAAUGCUGUGUACAGUGAACUGAAUGUGUUUCCUUUACCCAGUCAUCCUGCUGCACCUCCUGAACAUCUUAAAGAACCUUUGGUAUACAUGAGGAAAGCACAGGGAAGUUGGGAAAAAAGAAUUUUGAAGAGUUUAAAUAGUAUGUGCACUGAAUUGAGUAUCCCAUUGGCACGAAAGAGGCCAGUUGGAGAACAGAAAGAACUUCUCAAUAAAUGGAAUGAAAUGGGAACUGAUGAGCCAGAUUUAAGCCUUUUCAGGCCUGUUUAUGCACCUAAGGAUUUUCUCGAGGUUUUAAUUAAUCUUCGCAACCCAAAUUAUGAAAAUGGUGAUUCUCAUAGUUUCAGGACUCAUUUGGGUUUAAUCCAAGUUCCUCUCAAAGUAAAAGACAUCCCUGAAUUGAAAGAAUUCUUUGUGGAACUUGGCUUAACUGCCGGGCAACUUGGUAUAGAUGACUCUACACAAGUGCCUCCUGAACUUUUUGAAAAUGAGCAUGUACGUAUUGGGCAAAAAGUUCUAUCAGAACAAGAUAGUGCUGCUGCUCAACAGUAUAUCAGACAAGGAAGUCCCACAGCCCUGAGAGCUGAAUUAUGGGCUCUCAUUUUGAAUAUUUCCAGCCAACCUGAGGUAUUACUUUGUUUCUCCCGAGAUACAUCUGUGUUGGGUCACUUUGCAUACAACAGUGCUUCACCACCGAAAUCAUACAUAAGAGGAAAACUAGGACUAGAAGAAUAUGCCGUCUUUUAUCCACCAAAUGGUGUAAUCCCUUUUCAUGGAUUUUCAAUGUAUGUUGCACCACUUUGUUUUCUGUACCAUGAACCUUCCAAAUUGUAUCAGAUAUUCCGUGAGAUGUAUGUGCGUUUUUUCUUCAGACUUCAUUCCAUCUCUUCUCAUCCUUCUGGUAUCGUGUCACUCUGUCUGCUGUUUGAAACUCUUCUUCAAACUUAUCUCCCCCAACUCUUUUAUCAUCUACGAGAAAUUGGGGCUCAACCACUUCGCAUAUCAUUUAAAUGGAUGGUUCGAGCUUUUUCUGGAUACUUAGCUACAGAUCAACUCUUGCUUUUGUGGGAUAGAAUCCUAGGGUACAACUCUCUGGAAAUUCUUGCUGUCCUGGCAGCUGCUGUGUUUGCUUUCCGAGCAGUGAACCUGAUGGAGGUGACAUCACUGGCUGCAGCUGAAGCAGUUCUUGCUGACCUUUCUACUUUAAAAGUUAUGCCUCUUCUUCAAAUUUUUCUGUUUGCUACUGUCACCUGAUCUUCUUCAAGGUCACUGACAACACAUCUAGUUUUUCAUUAGAAAGUAAUCAUGAACUAUGCAAACUCUGCAUAAAACCAAAAUUAAACUUUGCAUAUAAGCCAAUAAAGAUCAUGUUCCUCCUCAGUUAAACCUAAGUAGUUUUUCACUUUUUGAAACAAUAACCCUGCACACCACGUAUUGCACUGCAUGCUGCUGAUUUUCAAGAGAGAAGCAGUAGAUAUAACUUCUGCUAAAUUGAGCAUACAUAGCAUAGAUAACCCUGGCUUGUAAAAGGCAUGUAACAAUAUAUGCAAUAAGAACUAAAGAUACUGUAAUAAACUUGAAUAGGUAAUGUAGCCUCUGGGACAGUUCUUUUAUGUCAGCUUGUAAAUUUAUCUCUAGAUAAUGAAUCAUUUUGUCUUAUAAAUUGCAUUUCACUCAAAGCCAGGGGUGGGGUAGGAUGUGGGAAGACUUGAAAAAGAUAAUGCUUUUAAGUGGGAAUUCAAAUGUACUUUGGUGUUUUUAACAACUUUUCUCUCAUCAGAAAUCUAGAUCCCUCUCCAUUUUAUUUCUCUCUCUAUUGGGGAAGGUCAAAUACAGUUGUCUCCAUCUGACAGUUUUAUUCAUCACUUUCUGAAAAAAGAAAAUAGAAUGAUCCCUUUAAAUUUCUCAACCUUCCAUCUCUUAGUUAGAAGACUUGACGCUGCUGAGAUCUGUUGCCAGAUUCCAUUACUUUGGAAGUUUACAAAGAGGACACCCAAGGACUCAAUGAAGGGAAUGAAAAAUCAAAACCAUAUGCACUU